GAUCGGACAGCGGUCCUCAAGCCCGAAGGAGCUCCUCCUCUGUCCUCAAAUCGUGUUACACAUGGAACUCGCUUCUCGCCGCUCCGCCUCGACCACGACCGCGCGCUGCCGCCGGUCGAACCGCACCAACGACAUGAGGGACCGCCGCGCGAUCGACUCGCUCUGUGCCCGAGCCGGCACCCGCAAGGCCGAAACGCCCAAGGAGGACGCGCCGAAGCUCGCUCAGCACUGGCAGCUCUGGCCUGCCCCGACCGAGAUCGACCGCAGCGGCACCGCCGCCUACAUCCAGGCCGCCUGGCUCGCCACGCUUGUGGUAACCUUCGUCCUCGUUGGCGGGCUGCCUGGCAUCGCGGUGCUCCACGAGUCGCUCGACGAGCCGCUGCGCCAGGGCGAGGUGCCCUUUAGCAACCUGCUUCAGAUGGUCUGCAUCUUCCUCGGCCUGAUCUCCUUCCGCUGGGUGCCCGACGACCACAAUACUGCGGUGCAGUACUGGUUUCACGCGGUCACGGGAGCGCUCGCCACCGAGGGAAUUUACAGGGGCGGCUGGCGCGCCGCCACGGUGGCCUACGUCAUCAUCCUGCUCCCCAUCGCCGAGCACAUCGUCGGCACCGAUCGCCGCUCUCCUCCGCCAAAGGACGAGCUCAACUCCAAGAGCUUCCGCUUUGCCUCGCUCGCACAGCCCGUCCUCCAGCUCCUCUGGCUCGCCUGGUCGCUGCUGAUCGUCGCCUUCGGGAACGACGGCUACGACGGCGUGAAGAAGCUGUCGACGAUGGAGGUCGUCCUGGGUGGGAUCUCCUUCGGCGUCUACUCGGGCGCCUUCGGCAUCACCUACGCGCACGAGCUGUGCCACCGCCACGCCAAGCUCGACCGACUGCUCGGCAUCCUCAACCUUGUCUGCGUCUUCUACCCGCACUUCAACAUCGAACACAACAAGGGGCACCACAAGAUGGUCGCCACGGAGGAGGACCCCGCGACGGCUCGCGCCGGUGAGUCCUUCUACCACUUCCUCCCGCGCGUCGUGAUCGGCGAGCUGCGCUCCGCCGUCGAGCUGGAGGGAAAGCGGCUCGCAAAGGCCGGCGUACCGUUUCUGCACCCCACGAACGAGCUGCUCCAGCUCUUCUCCCUGUCGAUUGCGAUGGCGGCGGGCGUUGGCCUCUGCCUCGGCGGCCAGGCGCUCGCCUUCUUCCUGAUCCAGGCCGGCACCGCGGUGCUGCUCUUCGAGUCGGUCAACUAUCUGGAACACUACGGCCUCGAGCGGCGCCAGUACACGAGCGACCCGUCGCUUCCAGUCGAGUGGCGCUACGCGAAGAUCGGCCUGCGCCACGCGUGGGACUCGCCGACGCGGCUGGGCAACACGAUCCUGCUCAAGCUUCAGCGGCACGCCGACCACCACAACCACGCGGGGAAGCGGUACCAGCAGCUCACGACGUCGGACGCGAGCCCGCAGCUGCCGGGCGGCUACGCGACGAUGAUUGCGAUCGCGCUCGUGCCGCCGCUGUGGUUCGCCGUCAUGGACCCGCGGCUGCUGGAGCACCGCCGCAGCAUGCCGCGGCAGCAUUACCGACACUGGCCGCGCGGCGUGACGCCGCCGCCGCCGACCUUGGGCGACACCGGCAUCAAGGGAGCCGCGUCGCUGGUCAUCGCCGGCCAGCGCUGGGUCCGCCCCAGCGUCCGCAUCUCGAAUCAGAGCCGGCUGUCGUGCAAUGUGUGCCUGGACCCGGAGCGGUGCUCGCACGCGGACAUGGCGCCCCAGUGCGACGAGUGCGAGUAGCUUGGCGAACGCCAUUAGGACGUUGGUGUUGUUCAUACAGUGAGUGGUGGGUAGCUCCCGCGUGAGGUGACUCCAGGGUGACGAUUCGAGUUGUAUUAUUUUGUGUGUAUAUACUCGACAACGAAACAACGACACAAGUGCGUAGUACGUAGCGGAUAGCGUACGUGGAAUGAGCAGAGAGGGGUAUGGUAAAUUACUCGAGUGCCCUUCGAGGUUUCUUCAC